GAAGCUCUCAUACCUCCAAUAAUGGGUGGUCAAAAUGAAGCAUAUCCGAGCAGCACAGUACUCACCCACUCACCGAUCCUCCUCUCAAACCGAGGUUGGAAUUGUAGUUUGAUUUGCAGUUCUCCUUUCCUGUGAGCGUGUGUGGCUCUCUUUCCUUAUCUUCUCCACUCCAUUCAACUUUAUUCCUUCACACCUGUGCAUCAGCCCCGUCUUUUGCUCCUGGCACGCCAUGUCCCAAGAAGAGAUCAGCUCCCUUGCAUGGCUGGAGGAGCUGCAGCUCUCCGACGUUCUCACGUCCGACGCCGUUCGCUCGCUGCACGAGACGAUCGAGCACGAGUGGGACUUCCUCCGGCGCAGCGCCUGCCAGACAGCGGCCGGCCGCGCCCUGUGGAGCCACGUCGUGCAUGACCCCAUGGCCGCGGUGUUUGCAGGGGAGAGCUACCUCAGGAGCCUCUACGAGAAGAUGAGGCAGGACAAGCUCAACAAUGCCCGGGAAAUCUCCGGCGUGAUUCUUGCGAUCCGAACUCUGUGGUUCGAUUCCCGGCUGGAAGCCGCCAUCGACUCCUUCGCCAGCAGGGCCCCUCAGGUUGUUCUUCUCGGUGCAGGCAUGGAUGCGAGAGCUUACAGGCUCAGCUGCCUCAAGGAAAGCACGGUGUUCGAGGUCGACUUUCCGGAGCUGUUGCAGAUCAAGGCGUCUCUGCUCAAGGAAGUAAUGGCGUCUGCCAAAGAGCACCAGAUCGCGAUGCGAGCCAAGUCGUUGACCAGAGUAACAGCCGACAUCAGAGAAGGAGACUGGAUGGAGAAGCUGCAGAGGAGCGGGUACCUGCCCGAGAGGCAAACAGUGUGGGUGCUCGAGGGCAUUCUUUACUACCUCCCUCACCUCCACGCCAUGCAAGUCCUGAAGACCAUAGCCGCCAGUUGCUCCUCCGCACACAGUGUUCUCCUAGCGGACUUCAUGAACAAGUCUUCCAUCUCACUCUCCAACUCCACCUACCAAUUCUAUAGCGAUUGGCCUGAUCAUUUGUUACCUAGCCUCGGCUAUGGCCACGUUAAGCUGUCGCAGAUAGGGGACCCUGACGCCCACUUUGGGCUGUUGACUGACUCCCAGAACCUGUUCAAUAAGCUAAGGAGCUUGCCGAGGUCCAUGGAGAUCCACCCGGAAGAUGGAACACCUUGCCGGAGGUUGUACCUGGUGGAGGCCUCUGGGUGCUUGAAACAGGAUCCCUAACUAAUGAAUCAACAGGAGAUUUGUGGUUUUGUAAUUCUCUUCUAUGAUUUUGCAUGAAAAUUAGACGAUCCUAAUACGAAAUUUAUUUUGGAUCCUGCCUAAAGAUGGAUCCUGUGCUUAAA